CGCAAUAAAACCUGAAAGAAGAAGACAGACGAGCAAGAGUAGUGGGCGCUGCAGUUGAAAGCGUUUUAGCUUGCAAUGCUGCAAUGUGAACGGAUCGUUUAUUCGUAAGAAUGUGUAUUAAAGUAAAGGUCUCUUAACGGAAACAAUUAAUGUAGCUAUGUCGAGGGAGCAACCAUUAAGCAGGUUGAAACUGUAGAGGACGCAGCACUCCAGAAACGUCGCUAAAGGGGCAAAAGGUGGAAUUAUGGCGGAUGACCCACAGAGAAACUUUCGCUCCGCUUAUUAUGAGAAAGUUGGCUUUCGAGGAGUGGAAGAGAAGAAGUCCUUAGAAAUCCUGCUGAAGGAUAACCCCCUGGAAUUAUGCAAUUCGGGAAGUUCACGGAAACUGUGUGACUCUUUGACAGAUCUUGAGAAGCUGAGUACCUUCAGUCAACGUUUUCCCCUCCCGUCCAUGUACAGAGUCCACGUGUGGAAGGUUUUGUUAGGCAUCCUGCCGCCUCACAGCGAUUCUCAUAGCCUGGUUGGAAGCUACAGAAAGGAGCAGUACCAAGACAUCAUGGAGGCGCUGGAGGUGAUGAGAUUCAUCAAGUCCUCCACCCCUUCCACCCACGUCUACCUGCGUAUGUUUCAGCUGGAGAGCCACAUGCUCCCGCGCUGCUCUGAAAUCUCACCGCCGGAUCAAGAGAAUGAGGACUUCCUGUCCAUCAGUCAGGCCAUGGAGGAGAUAGUCGAGGAUUCCGUCGACUGCUACUGGCUCAUUAAGAGUUUUAUCAGUCAGUUCCACACCAAGUUUGGAGACUCGGUUCCACAUCUUCCGAAGAGCCUGGAGCACUUCCUGAGUCAGGAGGAGCCGGGCCUGCUCAGCCAUUUGAAGAACAGCGGCGCUUUGGCACAACUUCCAUACCACCUCUGGUUCAGGCGCUGCUUUGCUGGCGUCCUGCCCGAGUCGAGCUUGCAGAGAGUGUGGGACAAGGUGAUCAGCGGCUCCUGUAAGAUCCUGGUGUUUGUUGCCCUGGAGAUCCUGCUCAGCUACAAGAUUAUGUUGCUGGGGAUCAGCCGACCGGAGGGCAUCGUCAAGUUCCUGUGCAACAUACCGCAGGAGAACACGGAUGCCAUCGUCACCAAAGCGAUCGAUCUAUGGCACAAAUAUUGUGGCACCCCGAUACAUGCCAUGUAGAUGACCACGAAUCACGUGAAAGGACAGCGAGAGGAGCAGCCAUGAUGUUCAGUUGGAAGAAAAA